AUGCGCGAUAAGACGUCCGUCGACAAGGUUGCCACCCGGAAAGCCAAUGGCUCGAUCCCGUGGUUGAAUACCCUUGAGCCACCCAACAUGGACGACACAAGCUCAGCCUUGAGAGCCGCCGAGGAGCUCGUCGAGGCCCUCAAGAGCCUUCCCCAGGCAAACCAUGCCCAGCAUUUGGCCCUCCUUGAGCGUGUCGAUAAGGUGCGCACGCUGCUCGAAACGCCGUACGAUGUGAUCGAGAGGCACCAGGAGAUCAUGUGCACCUCCGGUUGCAUGUACACUCUGAUCACGACUGGCGCCAUCAAGAAAAUUCCGGAUGAAGGCACGAUCACGGCCGAAAAGCUCGCGACGGAAAUGGAUAUGGACGUCUCGGCCAUCCAGCGGUUGAUGCGCGUGGCCGUAGUCGCCGGCUUCUUUCGCGAGACGGCGGCCGACACGUACGCGCACAACGCCCUGUCGCAAGCGUUCCAACUGCACGCCCAGGGCCCCUUCUUUGUCCUUUGCAUGGAGUUCAACAAGAUGUGUAUGGCGCUUCCCGACUAUUUCAGGACUCACAAGCCGGAGGAGAUCUACGACCUGAAGAAGUCGCCCUACUGCUUCAGCAUCGGCAAGGAGGGAAAGACCUACUACGAAGCCAUCGACGAAAACCCCGAGCAGCGGCUCAUUUGGAACUCCUGCCUCCAGAUCAUCGAGAAGAACAUGCCGAUCACGGGCAUGUUCCCGUGGGAAACUGUCAAGGAGAACGUGGAGAAGGAACCAGAGAGGCCGUUUUUCGUCGACAUCGCCGGCGGGCGUGGCCAGGCUCUAUUGAAGCUCCAGGAGGAGGUCCCGGGGGCCUAUGGCGGCAAGCUGAUCCUGCAGGAUCUCCCCAUCGUCCUCGACUCGUUGAAGCCGGAGGAGAUUCCCAACAUCGAGGCGAUGCCGUACGAUAUUUUUACCCCUCAGCCAUCAACUAACCGUGGCCAAGACGCGCACGUUUACUUUAUGCGGCGACUCCUUCACGACUUUUACCCCUCUGUCUGCAUUGACAUCCUCAAGAACACCGUCUCGGCCAUGGGCCCGGAUUCGCGCCUGAUUGUUUGCGAUAUGCUGGUGCCGGAGGUGGUGCAACCAGGCCAUCUAAAGGAGCUAUACUGGCUCGAUUUGAACUUGAUGUCCAUCACCGGAAAGGAGAAGACGAUGGAUGAGUUCAACCAGAUGUUUGAUGCGGCCGGCCUGGAGCUAGUCAAGGUGUGGCCGUCGGAGAUCGGUGCUACGGUGCAGCUCGAGACCCGCCUGAAGCGUUCGUAG